CCCCGGGAUCUUGCCUCAUUCAGUGCACAAGAUGGAGGGAGGCUGCUCACUGCUCAUUACUAUACUUAUAGUUUAUUUAUUUAUAUUCAGUAUUUCUUUUUGGUCUCAUCAUUCAGCGUAUGGCCCCAUGCCAUAUUUACCAUACAAACUUUCUACUGAAUACAUAAUUAUUAAUUUUGUCAUGGGAUUUUCUACAGUGAUCAUGUAUAUAGUAUGCUCAUCUAUAAUAUGAGUGCUAAAUAUAAUCUUAUAAAUCCCCCAAAUAUACUGUACAGUGUUAUAGAUUGUUUAUAGAAACACUUCAGAAUGCUAGAGUUAUGAUCCAAACACUGUACUAAUAAUAUGGUAUGCUAUAGUUUAGUGGAUGGUUGUGAUAGUAUAGUUUUACAAGACAUUCAUUAUAGAGCAUAAAAAUCUAUGUUUGAAUUGAAUGAAUGGGAUGAUUAGACAUACCAAAAGAAAGGAAAGAUUCAUGUGGGUUAGGCUGAUAAUCCUCUGGAAGUAAGUUGGCCCCUGCUCUAAUCAACACAGUGGAAGGGGGGAAAGUGAAAUCAUUUCAUUCCCAAGAUAAAAAAUGCAAAGUACUGUAGAGUCCCCUUUUAUGUUUUUCUCCAGUAAUAUUCAGUUUGUUAAUGCAGUUUAUUAUUGUACUUGCCCAGCCUUUUGCUAACCACAUUUACUAAAAGUAUAAACCAGACCAGCUUUAGUUAAUGAAGUUCAGUCUCACCUGCCCUGCCCUGUUAUGAUAGUCCAGUUCAAAGUGUUAUCUGCCCUGCCCUUUAGUAUAUGUACUGUAUGAAAAACAUAAUUUCUGUCCAUUUAAAUACAUAACUUUCACUACUUCCUUUCUAGGCCUGGAUGUUAGGAGACCAUGCUGCAAGGGUUGAGGAAUGCAUGAAAAUAUUAUUUUUCAUUCAUGUGGGUGUCACUCUGUUUUGACUCACUCUUGUUUUAGAAAUACUACUACAUUCUGUUCUAAUUUUCCAGAGCUCCUUAAUCUUCUUCCAGGUUCUUAAUGAUGUAGUCAAUAAUAGGAUUGUUGGUAUUAAUUUGGAACAAUAAUGCCAGCUGCAUGCUUCGUGGCUAUUGGCAGAGGGGUGACCUUGCAGGUCAGCUAAGCAGUCCUGGAAGUGCUUUGAUCUGAUCUAUACAGAGCUAGAGCUGUCUAUUCUAACAAGGGAAGCUAGUGAGGUCUCUCUCCAUGGGAUGCUGAUUCUUCUCCAAAGAGCACUGAGGACAGCAUGGCAGUGGCUUUUGAUGCAAUGCUGGCUCGGGUCAAGGAUGUUUGUAAAAGAAAUGGUUUGCUCAUUCUGUCAGUACUGUCUGUCAUAGUGGGAUGUCUUCUUGGAUUCUUCCUCAGGACCAGGCGGCUCUCUCAGCAGGAAAUUAGUUAUUUCCAAUUCCCCGGGGAGUUAUUGAUGAGGAUGCUGAAAAUGUUGAUUCUACCACUGGUUGUCUCAAGCUUAAUGUCUGGACUAGCAGCCUUGGAUGCUAAGACUUCCAGUCGAUUAGGCAUCAUAACCGUCACUUACUAUCUAUGGACAACAUUUGUGGCUGUGAUUGUGGGAAUAAUUAUGGUCUCCAUUAUCCAUCCUGGUGGAGCAGCCCAGAAGGAGAGCACUGAAGAGAGUGGAAAGCCAAUUAUGAGCUCUGCAGAUGCAUUGCUAGACUUAAUUCGGAACAUGUUCCCAGCCAACCUUGUUGAGGCCACAUUCAAACAGUAUCGCACCAAGAGCAUUCCUAUAAUCAAAUCCAACAAGGCAGCUGCGGAAAGCACCACUCGUCGGAUCAUAAUAUAUGGGGUCCAGGAUGAGAAUGGAUCCAAUGUCCAGAAUUUUGCCCUGGAUAUUACUCCCCCUCCAGAAGUGAUUUACAAAUCUGAGCCAGGCACCAGUGAUGGCAUGAACGUGCUGGGGAUUGUGAUAUUCUCUGCCACCAUGGGUAUAAUGUUGGGCAGAAUGGGUAACAGUGGAGUUCCCUUGGUCAGUUUUUGCCAGUGUUUAAAUGAAUCUGUCAUGAAGAUAGUGGCAGUUGCUGUGUGGUAUUUUCCUUUUGGAAUAGUGUUUCUUAUUGCGGGCAAGAUCUUGGAAAUGGAUGAUCCUACAGCUAUUGGGAAGAAGCUGGGCUUUUAUGCCAUUACUGUGGUUUGUGGCCUGGUGGUUCAUGGACUGUUCAUUCUGCCAAUGAUGUACUUCUUUAUCACUAAGAAAAACCCCAUUGUUUUCAUCAGAGGGAUUCUUCAAGCCUUGCUAAUUGCUCUGGCCACAUCAUCCAGCUCAGCCACAUUGCCUAUAACUUUCAAGUGCUUGUUGGAGAAUAACCAUGUUGACAGAAGGAUUGCCAGAUUUGUGCUGCCUGUUGGGGCCACGAUCAAUAUGGACGGAACUGCCCUAUAUGAAGCGGUGGCAGCAAUCUUUAUUGCUCAAGUAAACAAUUAUGAGCUGGAUUUUGGACAGAUUAUUACUAUAAGUAUCACAGCAACUGCUGCCAGCAUCGGUGCUGCAGGGAUCCCACAAGCUGGCCUUGUGACUAUGGUCAUUGUUCUGACAUCAGUUGGGCUGCCUACAGAUGACAUCACUUUAAUUAUUGCAGUUGACUGGGCAUUAGACAGAUUUAGAACAAUGAUCAAUGUCUUGGGAGAUGCCCUCGCUGCUGGAAUCAUGGCUCAUGUCUGCAGAAAGGAGUUCACCAAGGAUGGUGAUGAGGUGCCAUUGAUCUGUGAAACUAAACCCAUCAGCAUUCAUCAAAUCAUGGCUUACCAGAGAAAUGGUUGUGUGAAGAACAUGAGUGAGUCUCAUGGACCAGAAACAGUGAAAGCGUUUCAGCACCAUAUACCUAUACAAGUGGAGCAAGAACUAAACCCAGCGGAGAACCACACAAAGAAAUCCAACAGUAAAGACCACUGCGCUAUUGAAAUCAAUGAACUGGAAACAAAUGUGUAAUUGCUACGUUUGAUGGUAUCUGAUACCCAGUGACCUGGUACCCAAUCACUACCUCACAGCUGGAGAGAGGACUCUGUCUUAUAUGGAAAAAAAAAUGUGGAGUUAUGGUCAGCAUGCUUGUACUGGAGCUAGGAGACUAGCUGUGAUGAGAAAAGAUACAAGGCUUGAAAGAGAUAGGGGGCUUCUUAGGGGGAUGAUUUUUAAUACUGGGAAAUUAACCAAUGGACAACUUUGGUUCUCCCUGGGCAAACUGAUUUGAUUCCAGUAUAGUAUCUGACAUUCCUUUUUUGCUUUUUUUUAUUUAACCCCUUUUUAAUUAUUUCUGACAAAAGCCUUUUUUUGCAUCUCACUAAUUAUGAACAUGGUAUUUAUGUAGAUGUAUUGCUGCCAGAAACGAAUUUACAAAAGGUACUGAGAGUGUACUAAUUUUGUCUUCUCUUCUACUCCUUAAACAAAGAGUUUACGCUUAGUUUUAGAAUAGCACUAAGAAAAUUGCCUGAUCUCAAGAGGCAAAUCUUUUGUAACUAAUGCCACAAACUGAAAGCAAAGCAAAAUAUUUAUCUUUGCAAGAAAACACAUUUAAAAAGCUAUUCUGUUAUAUACACUUCAAAGAUAGGCAUCAAACUGCAAUAUAUGGUUCAAAGAUGUCUAGAUUCUUGCAAAGGACGGUUUGCCUUCUAAGUGCCAGAUCCACACAGAAUUUUUUAAAAAUCUAUCUCCGCAGUAGAAUCAGUACAAUAUACCUGCAAUGGCAGAACCAUGCAAGCCCUAACACAUAUGCACAGGUGCUAAAGAGUGUUAACUGUUCUCUUCUUUCAUUUAUAGACUGUUCCACUGUAUAUGUAUAAGCUCAAUUCUCACAGCUCUUGACGAAUAUGCUUCAUUCCAAGGGCAGACUAAACACAGACUGGAAUCCAAUGCAGAUGAGUAAUAUUUGGGUUUUGCAGGGAGUUUGCUGUGGAAACUGGCUUUUUAUUUUUCAUUAUACCGUGGGUUGGACUAUACUGAAUGUUGUCUCUUUUUUUAGCCAUUACUGAAUCUUUGGUUACAAUAAAUUCUGCUGGGUGUGUUACCAAUGUUUGCAAUGAAGAACAUUUUUAAA